AUGGGAUGUUUUAAGUCAAAGCCCGCGAAAUCCGCAAAGGGAGAAACGUCCAUAAAAGAUUUCCGCAACCAGACGUUAAAGGCGCACAAUGAGAGACGGAAAAAACAUGGUGUCCCGGCGCUUAAGCUCAGCUCAGACUUAAACAACUACGCCCAGCAAUGGGCGGACAACCUGGCCAAGACUGGCAACAUCAAGCACUCCGACUGCACCCUGAAGGGCGCCAAGAUUGGAGAGAACAUUGCCUCCAAGUGGAGCAGUGAUGGGGCAGUUUACACAGGUGAAGAAGUGACAGAACAGUGGUACAGAGAGAUCUCUAAACACAACUACUCAGCCGAGUCCUCCACUGGAUCAGGUCACUUCACCCAGGUAGUCUGGAAGGAAUCCAAGCAGCUCGGAGUGGGUAGAGCUAAGGAUAGCACCGGAAAGUUGAUCGUUGUGGCCAGCUAUCGUCCUCCGGGGAAUGUCAUUGGCACCUUCACUAAAAAUGUCUUCCCGCCAAAAUAA